AUGUUUUGCGUCUGUCUUUAUCACUCCUCUCUUUGGGCAGAUAUUGCUAGGGCAGAAGUACAACACCUCCGUUGACUGGUGGUCCUUCGGAGUCCUCCUGUAUGAGAUGCUUAUUGGCCAAUCUCCUUUCCAUGGCCAAGAUGAAGAGGAGCUUUUCCAGUCUAUCCGAAUGGAUAACCCGUUCUACCCUCGCUGGCUCGACAAGGAUGCAAAAGACAUUUUGGUGAAGCUUUUUGUGAGAGAACCUGAGAGGAGACUGGGAGCCAGAGGGAACAUCCGCCAGCAUGCCUUUUUCCGGGAAAUAAACUGGGAAGCGCUAGAAGAAAGAAGGAUGGAGCCUCCUUUCAAACCAAGAGUGAAAUCUCCGAGUGACUGUAGCAACUUCGACAAGGAAUUUCUAAAUGAAAAACCUAGACUGUCCUGUGCUGACAGAGCACUGAUUAACAGCAUGGACCAAAAUAUGUUCAGCAACUUUUCUUUUGUGAACCCUAAAAUGGAGAAAAUAUUUUCCUGAGAUCUGCCUUACUGAAGGUGUUCUCUGUAAUGGUUUGAGAAACACUUUGUCAACUGAAGACUGUGCAUGGUUAUUUUUACCAAGAACCCUCCAGAAAAACACCUCAGUGAAAGUUUGUACCAUGCCUGGAGGCUUCCAGCUUACUCCAGUCCAUAACAGAUGCCAGACACCCUUCAUUAAUGAUGAAGUUUCUUUGUGGUAUCUUUUGGUCUCUCUUCUCUCUUUUCCCAAUGUUCUUGAAGUUGAGAGAACCUGAAAAUAAGGAAGUGCUGUUCCCCGCAACUGUACACACAGCCAGUGGGUUUCUCUGUAAGAAAAGUGUAUUUGAGCUUCUGGGGAUGUCAGUGCCCACUUCUGCAAUUCUCACCUAGGCUCAACCUUCUUCUGAAGGUCAAGUGGUUUGCUCAAGGCCUGAGGGUAUCUGGGAAGGCUUCAGGCUGGAUGCUUUGGUAUCCCCCACUUGUACAUGUGCAGAACUGUGCAUGUGCGCACAGUUUUGAAGAAGCAGUUUUACUCCCUACACACUUUAAAAAUAAUCUUUGCAGGUGUUAGGAUUCAGUUUUGAUCUGCUGGGACAAAUAAAUUUUGCAGGUGCUUAUUCCAGCAUUUUUACACCUCAGUCAGAGGUGCUGCAGUUAAGGACUCAGCCCUGAAGGAGGAAUAUUGACGUGGCAAGUAUCAAGAUCAAUACAGAAGAACAGUGGUUUACACUUAGUAUUUGAGCAGGAAGGAUGGGAAGCUGCAGUCCAGCAGAAAGCCUCAAGAACUUCUGUUCUAAAGCUUUAACUGUCCUCACACACACCAGGCUCAGAGCCAAAAUCCAGACUGGGCUUUCUGGAGUUUUAUCCUAAAACUGCAUGAGAAAGGUGGAAGAGGUUUCCUCGAACCACUGCAUUAUCAAACUGGCCUUCCAGUCACAACAAAGGCCUAUUUUACUUGAAAGGUAGUAAUCAGUGUUUGCAAAGGUUGAUAUACUUUCUCUUGCUCUAAAUGACAUCCCAACUCUUUGCACGCACGGUGGACGUAGGCCAACAAACUGCACCCAACGCUCACAGCGCAGGACGGCAUAUCAGGUGAGGGUGGUCCUCCCAUGACAUUUUGCUGUGUGUUCUAUCCCUUUGCAGUCUGUGGAAAUGUAGAUGAGUUUAAAAAGGUCUUUUGAUGAUCCUUUCACCACAGGAUCCUUUAAAUAAAGAAGCGCUGUUUUCUGAGAUUGGAGAGAUGUAGAACUGCCCAGUUACUGCUUGCCACUGAGAUAUCAGUUAAAUACUGGGUCAAAAUUAACUCACAGCCCAAGUAGAGGAUUCUGUAAUAGCUUAGACUUAGGGAGUCACCCAAGUUGGUGUUGGACUCUUAAUUGAAGUGUAUGCAUUUGGAGCUUCGUUGUAUCAACCCCGCCAGUCCAUUGAGAAGAUCUAGAAGGUGAGUCUUCCCCAAAUCAGAUUCCCUUCAGAGGGGUCUCUCUGCCUCUGCUGGACCAGGCUGUCAACUUGGACCUCCCAACAAGACAAAUACAGCCUUGUGGGCAGUCCUGGGAUAUUGCUGUCAGUGACUACGGGCACUGAAACCUGCAGGACCAAGAGCAGAAGUGCCUAAUGUCGACAAGAAAAGCGGAGCACCCUGAAAAAGGUUGCAGUCCAGUGACUCUCAUUAAAUCCUUGUUUGUGCUGUAUGAAACGCAGGGGGCAUCUGUGCUCACCGUUUGUGCGGCUGGUCAUCCUGUUUAAUUAGAACGGUUAACAUGAAUUUAUUUUUUUUUUUAAUGCCAGUGCUGUUUGUACAGUUUAAUAAA